GGACGCUGUGAUGGCAAAAAUCAAGGUCUUUGGAAUAAGUCUGGAGCACCAAAAGCAUCAGAGCUCUGGGACAGCGAAUGCUGGAUUUGGGAGAAGAGAUCGACCUGGGUCAAGAAAAGAAGUGUAUUUGCUGAAAGGCUUAAAAGAAGACGUUUUGAGUGUCAUUGAACUGAUAAACAAAGCGGUUCAAAAAGCACUUGAAGAAGACCUCAGAGCUAAAGAGGAGGCGAUGGUGGCGCUCACCAUCCAGUGGGCAAUUAAGGAUGCCAAUGGGGAAUGGCAAGAGCUCACCCUGCAUGACAAUUACAUGCUGGAAAACGCUCGCUCAACAAAUCAAGUGUCAGUGGAUAUGGAGACACCAGAUGCCAGGACCGUGACAGUAAAUUUGAUAAAAUUCGAAGCCACAGAUUUGUUGACAGGAAAAACAUACAAAUUGAAAAGGAAUGAGUCAAAUACAGAUUUGGAGCUGCCACAAUAUUGGGAACCUAUGAAAGGAGAACAUUUUAAAAAGGUAGAGUUACAGCGUAACUCAAGGGAGUACCAUACAGUAGCCCGUGGUUUCCUCAAAAAGGCUCGAUACAGCAUUGAGAAAAUUGAGCGCAUCCAGAAUGUCUACCUUUGGCACGCCUUUAACG